UUAGGAGACGGACUCGCGCGUGCGUACAUGUUUGUGGGAGGAGCCAGCAACAAAACGCGAAAAUUAUUAAUGAAAUCAUCAAGUAUACGCGUUUAUGUGGAGGUCUCUCUCGAUUUCAACUCCUUUUACAUAAUCUUAAAGGUGUGAGAAACAUGCUACAUUGAAAGAAACCCCCACCCCUGAAAACCUCUAACUGCACAAACACAGACCACACCCUCUAAAGUUUCUGGAACAAGAUUCAAACUGAUUUUAUAUUUCAGGAAAAGACAUUGAUAAGUCUGAAGUAGCUGCUCAAGAGUUGUAAUGGAAAUCUUACCAUUUGAGGAGGUGGAGUUUGUUGCUGAUGCCAAAGUACAGCUGCAGCAAGGUGGAGUCUCUGGUAUUCAACAGCAUGGCUAUUACAACAUCAUCUCUGCACCUCUACAAGGUUUCUCAGAAGACUCCAGUGAUGAGGAUGACUACAUGGCACCACUGGGACCUAGAAGUGAGGAAGGCUCUGUGUGCUGUGUUUGUGGAGAAAACAUCCCCUUACUGAAUAAACUGAUAGAUCACUUCAAGACACACACAGCUGAGGUGUCUUGCCACCUGUGUUGGACAAAGUUUGGACAAGUUAUGUCGCUGGCAGUACACUUAAAAAAUGCCCAUACAAGGAAAAAUUUUAUGUGUGGUAUCUGCAGAACUCUCUUUAGGUGCACGUGGCGUCUGAAUGGACAUAUGGAAAAGCAUCGGAAAGACAUAAUGGAGGUAAAACCUGUGGUUAAAGUGGAACAGACAGAAGAAAUCAGCAUCAGAGAGAACAUAAGAUGCACUGAUAUGAGACAAAUAACCUUGAUGGAUCAUUCAUAUUGUGUCUCAGAUCAAGCAGCUACAAAUGACACUUACAGUGCCAUCCAGAAACACAUCGACAAUGAUACAAACUCCACAAAUCAAGAAUCACACAUCGAAACACAAACCGAAAGAUUGGCUCUUUUUGAUAAACAAAACGAUACCUUGACCUUUUCCUUAUGCCCUUGGAAUCAAUCAGAGCGAGAGCAUCUAAGCUUUAAACUGAAGGUAGAGUAUGAGGAUGGGCUCGGAGAAACUGCAGCUUGUGAGACGGCUGCAGAGGAUGAAAUUAGACUGAUGGAGGAUGACGAAAGUACAGACACUGAUGAAGAUGUCAGCGCCAUCCCCCCUAAUAUUAGAGAUGUAAGGGGCUAUUACAACAUCAUCUCUGCACCUCUACAAGGUUUCUCAGAAGACUCCAGUGAUGAGGAUGACUACAUGGCACCACUGGGACCUAAAAGUGAGGAAGGCUCUGUGUGCUGUGUUUGUGGAGAAAACAUCCCCUUACUGAAUAAACUGAUAGAUCACUUCAAGACACACACAGCUGAGGUGUCUUGCCACCUGUGUCGAACAAAGUUUGGACAAGUUAUGUCGCUGGCAGUACACUUAAAAAAUGCCCAUCCAAGGAAAAAUUUUAUGUGUGGUAUCUGCAGAACUCUCUUUAGGUGCACGUGGCGUCUGAAUGGACAUAUGGAAAAGCAUCAGAAAGACACAAUGGAGGUAAAACCUGUGGUUAAAGUGGAACAGACAGAAGAAAUCAGCAUCAGAGAGAACAUACGAUGCACUGAUAUGAGACAAAUAACCUUGAUGGAUCAUUCAUAUUGUGUCUCAGAUCAAGCAGCUACAAAUGACACUUACAGUGCCAUCCAGAAACACAUCGACAAUGACACAAACUCCACAAAUCAAGAAUCACACAUCGAAACACAAACCGAAAGAUUGGCUCUUUUUGAUAAACAAAACGAUACCUUGACCUUUUCCUUAUGCCCUUGGAAUCAAUCAGAGCGAGAGCAUCUAAGCUUUAAACUGAAGGUAGAGUAUGAGGAUGGGCUCGGAGAAACUGCAGCUUGUGAGACGGCUGCAGAGGAUGAAAUUAGACUGAUGGAGGAUGACGAAAGUACAGACACUGAUGAAGAUGUCAACACUUACUCACUACUCUCUGAUGACACAGCGUACAACCUGGAUGAUGACUUCAGCUCAGAAUCUGAUGGCAGUGACUCAAGAAGCAGCUCAUGUGGCCGUCACCAGUCAGUGAAUACAAUUUCCCCAGCCCCUGAUCCUCCACAUUUAACGCUGCAGCAAUUGCUUCAGACAACUCCUUUGGUUCCUGCUAAGAUGUCAGAUUUGGUUCCACAAUUUGUGGCUAUGCCGCAAACACUUAUCAGGCCCCAUUUCCCUCAUAGUUCUUGUGUCGCUCGUCCGAAAAUUCCUGUCCAUAUACCUUCAGUAGUGCGGCCAUUGAUGUCGAAUCUGGCCAGGAUGACUCCUCGUUUCCCUACCACUUCCAAUUCACCUUUUCCAAGUCAAGACGUCGUAUCCUUCUCACCCACAGUGAACAUCUCAGCACCCUGUCUAGUUUCAGCCAACAGGCCUGUUCUGAGACAAACACCUGCAGCUGAAAUUAACGUCCCACUGAUGACCUCAGUCACUUGUCCCACCCUGGUCAGUGCUCUUACUGAACACAACCAGCCACAGAUCCCUCCUGCCCAGGUUCAGGCUCCAUUACAAAUAGUGGCCAUGUUUGUGAACCAAAGCAGGGAUUUGGCUCUGCAGAAGCGACUCAAGCAGAGCUGGCGCUCCAAGACCAUCUUCCCCUGUCGCCACUGUGGGGCCGUCUCGAGACAACCGUCGCUGAAGGUGCGUCACCGCUACUUACACCGUGGGUCAAGGCUGUACAGAUGUCAGUGCGGAAGGUCGUUCCAAGGGCAGCUGCAUUUGCUGAGACACCAGAUCCAGCAUGCGGAGUCUGUCCGAUUUGUUUGUGCACAGUGCGGAAAUACAUUUGAAGGGGCACAUAAAUUGACCUGGCACAAACAGAAGCAUAGAAAUGGCAGGCGGUGUGUGAAGAAGACAUGCAAAGCGGCUUUUGACUGUAGCUGUGGACAGAUGUUUACAAGGCCAUCUGCACUGUUGUGGCAUAUGCUUCAAAACUCGAAACUCUCCAAACACACUCGAAAAAACUCAGAUUUUUUGUGUAAAUGAGACGCAUAAAAUUGGAAACUCACCUUUUUAUCAACUGCUAAUUGUUUUUAUUUGGCCCUAAUGGAUAUUUCUGUAUAAUUAUUAUGUGGUCAGCAGUGGUGUAUCUGAUUUUUUUCUUUAAGUCCAAAUCCAUAAUAGCACAAAUAGUAACAUUUUAACCCUAAAGAUAAGUUUUGUAUCAGAAGAAAUGUGAAAUGGGAGAGUCUUUGUAAUUUAUAAAGAUAUAGAUUUUUCAUAAGAUGGAUGUGACUACUGAAAGAACGGUUAGUGAGAGUAUUUUAAGCAAGCUCUCGUUUAUUAAUGACCAAAAAAACACACUUUUUAAUAUUUUAUGGAGGUUUUGUGUUGUAUGGCAAUGAUUCAGUCUAACCCAUUUGUAAUAAAUUUG